AAAGGAGAUAAUGUGUUAUUGUAGAAUUGGUACCUCUUAGGGGUGAAAAAAAUUCAAGCCUUACCCACACAGCAGGAGCUUGGUACAUCUUAGGCAUUCUUUUUAAAAUUUCUGACCAGCACCCCUGUCCUGUUUUCAUGGGAGUCCCCCCCAGGACAGUGAUGUGUACAGUUGAGCAUUGCUUUCUCAAAUUCAAAUCAUUUUCCCUUGGACAUGCUUUUCAGUCAUUUUUGAUCAGCUGUUAGUUUUUUCCCUUGACAGCUCGAGGUAGUAGAGUUCAACUGCAUUCCCUGUGUUUGUUUUAUUUCAUCAGAGGAUGGAAGCACCGAAAAAAGGGAGGCUCCUGACUUUUAAAAACAAGACAUUUAAGAUGUGGAGAAAGAGACGACAACGUCCAGCUCUUGAUAAAAAGAGCGGAGUAAAGGAAACCCCAAAUUUACAAAUGCCACCCCUGUCGACAUCUGAGGAGAGUGAAAUGUCUAACUGUGAGACCACUGUGGAUCUGCCUAAACCACAAGAUGAUCAAAGUAUAGGCACAUCUAUAAAAGAACAGAGCUCAACAACUUCAGAUAUAACAUGUGUGGAUAUAACUUCUGUCUAUAUGACCUCAGCAGACAGCGAGAAAAGACUCAAGGAUAUGUCCAGUGAAGGACAAAAACAACUGGUUGUUUGUUUACAACCUAAUGACGUCCUUGGAAAUGACUAUAGAAGAUUGGCUGAUAAAUUGGGAUAUAGGAAUGAUUAUAUCAAGUAUCUAGGAAGUACAGAUGAACCAGUAAAAACAUUAAUUAAGGAAAAAGGAGACAUGAAAAUUCUGGAGUUGAUUCCACUGUUAGAAGAUAUGGGGAGAAACGAUGUGGUGGAAGAACUUCAGAAAAGUUUAAAGGCGACCUCUACUCCAAAGCAAAUAGAAGAGCGAGUAAGGAGACGCGGUAUGUAGCUCGUGACAUGUUAUUACCAGUUGUUGUUCACGGUUGGUUUUGGUUAAAGUUUUCUGUCAGUCUGUCUGUCUGUCAUAUUUCCUGGUAUU